CGUGAGUCAGUAUGCGGCGGCGCGCGCGCAGUUCGCAUGAAUUUCAGUGGUAGUGUUGUGAUGUGUUGUGCUUUUGUGGUUAUGUGGAUUAUAAUGAUUCCGCAGAAUGCCGUAGUUUCUCACUAUACAUCAACGCGAUCCCGAACGAACGAAUAAUUCCAAACGCUUAGUCAUUUAGUAGUUCCUAUUUAGAUUAAAAUGUAUAACUCAAGUGAGUUCCUGCAUAGCGCCGGUGUCAGCCGGCACAUGCAGGCUACUGGUGAGGCACCUUCGCAGAAAACCAGCAUGAAACGGCGUUCUUGCGAAGUUCCUUUGGGUGAUAUUUCGUCCAAUAACUUCAAAGUAUCAUUAGGCGAUAUAACAAAUAUUGACAAUAAUUAUGAUUGUCGGUCACUUCGGUCCGUCAAGUCUGAAGACGCUAGACUACGAUACUACCGACCAAUAGACAGUCGGAGUGUGAAGAACUUUAGGUCAUCCUUAGCUGAUAUCUCAACUCUAUCACGGCCUCCUAGUUAUGACCAACUGUCCCGUCGGUCCCUAGUAGAAGGUCCCGAAGGGUUAGGCAUGACGUCAAGCAUCGAGGGAGUCCUAUGGUCCGAUGAAGAGGAGACGGAGUAUUUCUACCACGAGAACAUCACAUCAGCAUGGAAUCAAGAUCUGGCGGCGUUACGGCAACUACUAGAGAGUGAGACCGGCGGCACAACUUGUCCGAGUUGUAACAUGCCCUUUGAUAAGGGCAAAAAGAGAAAGCUGAUUGACACGUGCGGACAUGAACGGUGCUACGCUUGCAUGUUUAGAAACGAAGCGUGCCCCAUCUGCGCUCGGAAGAGCCAAGGUAGAAAAACCAUGGAGAGGUAUACUCCUUCGCCGCAACGGUCGGAGCCUGAGUGGCAAUCGCCAAUGCGCUUACCGAAACCACCGAAGGCAGCCAGCCUCGCCCAAAGCUGCCCCACACCACCACAUACCAGGAGAAGAUUCUUCCUGAGUCCUAAAUCAUUACGCAGUCCAUUUGGACACCGCGCUAGCCGACAUUCUAAUGAAAAUCACGUACCUUUAUCAGGAUUACCAGAAGAAGGUCCAAGAAGCGCCGCAUGGACAAGUCUAGUGUUCAAUAAAAUAAGAUCAUUGUGGUCCGCAAACUCAUCCGUGCCUCAGGGACUCAAUCAAUUGACAGAUGACGAAGGAGGUCACAUCAAGCAAGGAUUCGAGUCCCGGCGUCAAAAUGACCUCUACAUGCGUCUUGGUUUGCUUCUGGGUGAGAGAAGGUCCAGAAAUAAAUCUCGUGAAAGCUGCACGUCUCUUGCGUCGCUGGAUGCACAUACCCUUGCUUCACAUAAUACUAGUCCGGUGUCAACUUUAACCGGGUCAUCAGAAGUGGAUGCAACAACUCCCCUGGGCAGAGACUCGCUGGGUUCCCUGGCGUCCAUGUCACUAUCAGCUGCCAGCAACUGUUCCUCAUCAAGUCCGGGAAGCAGGCGGCAUUCUGUAACAACACUACAAAGCGGAAGAGAAGAUUUGGCCCGGAUGUCUUCAGGUUUCUUCAAGAAUAGAAAAACGGCAGCGCGACGGUCUGCAAGAGUCAGCAGCAAAGCUUCAUCGACAUCAUCAGAUCAGAAGAAAGUACACCCCUUGCCGCAAUUAACAUUACGACCGUUAUUCUUUGAAGUCCCGUCUACGGAUGGUCAAACAUCGUUCACAGGUAGACAUUGGCUGAUGAGGGAUAUGGAAAAGGCACUGGAAUCGGCUGCAUCAGGCAUAGUAAUCUCUGGUAGCCCAGGCACAGGAAAAACGGCACUAAUACUACAGCUAGUUGAAUACUCGUGCUUUGGUCGCAAGAGAAACUUCGAGUAUGAAGAGUUGAGGGAACAAUCCGAUAUAAGAGAACUGUUGCCGGAAGAAAUCGCCGCUGAAAUGGUUUCUCAAUUAGCGUCACAAGUUGUGGCUUAUCAUUUCUGCCAAGCUGAUAACAACAGCACCUGCCUCGUCGGCGAAUUCGUCCACUCCUUGGCUGCUCAACUCUGUCAAGCUCCCAGACUUCAAGCCUACAGGGAAUACUUGCUGAGCGAGGCGCAUCUUCUCUCAAGUCUCUCAUUAAAAGAGUGCAUCGCAGACCCAGACCUGGCAUUCGUCAGAGGAAUUAUUGAGCCCUUAACAAUCCUCCGACGGAACGGCAGCAUAGAUUCCACGAACAGCAUCGUUCUGGUCGACGGCCUCUGCGAAGCUGAAUAUCAUCGACCGGACCACGGCUACACGAUCGCCUCGUUCCUCUCGCGACACGUCCCAGAUAUGCCAUCUUGGCUAAAAAUUGUCGCCACUAUUCGGACACAGUUUUUGGAACUCACAAAACAGUUGCCAUACACGAGGCUGAGCUUGGACGAAUCGGACAACGUGAAUAAGGAUCUCUUGGAGUACUUCAACGCGAGAGUUCAGCAGGUGCCGAUUAUAGAGACGAACAUUAAAAGCUCCACGGGGAAGACUGAAGGUGUACACAACCCGGUGUUGAAAUUCGCCCAAUACGUCCUGCAUUUGAGUCAAGGUUCCUUCUUGUUCCUGAAAUUGAUCAUGGACCUGCUAGAGCGAAGUCACAUAGUGGUCAAAUCGACGAACUACAAAGUGGUACCGAUAUCGCUGGCACAAAUCUUUUUGCUGCAAUUCAAUCUGCGUUUCCCUACCGUGCAAUCUUUUGAAAAAGUUACGCAUAUACUAAGCGUUUGUCUAUCAGCGUUAUAUCCACUAACCUUAGUGGAGAUAUACUAUUCGGUGAACGCCUUACUGGUGGAUACGUUUUUGCCCUGGGAAGAGUUCUGUCAUCGGUUCGAGUCCCUCACAGAUUUUCUCGUCAAACGCAUCGACAAUACGUACAUGUUCUUCCAUCCGUCGUUCAGGGAAUGGCUCAUCCGACGUGAUGACAAUGAAAGUCCGAAGUUCCUCUGCGAUUUAAGAGCCGGUCACUGUGGUAUAGCUUUCAGAUUAGCGAGGGUCCAAGCCCCCCUGGAUCCAGAGAAAUCAAUGGAGUUAGGUCAUCAUAUUUUGAAGGCGCAUAUGUACAGAAAUCUCGGACCAGCUCAAUUAGGUCUCUGUCCGAGAGAUUUGCAGGCGACUUUGGUUGCGUCAAGUUCGGCGAAUGUUGGUGAAGCUAUCGCUAAUUUGAGGAAUAUUUAUACUCCGAACGUCAAAGUGUCCAGGCUGAUGCUGUUGGCUGGGGGUUCCCCUAAUCAAGUGACUGAAUGCCUCGGGAACGCCCCUCUGUUGUGUAUGUACGCGUAUCAGGGAAUUAUUGCAAUGGUCGGGCUGUUGAUAGAAUUUGGUGCUGAUAUUGAAAUGACGAAUUCCCAAGGAUGCUCAGCUCUUUCUUUGGCUUGUCAGAGAGGCCACACAGAUGUUGCGAGAAUGCUUAUAGCAUCAGGUGCCUCUCUAAGCCAUACGGACACAGCCGAACAGACUCCAUUGGUCCAUGCAGCCAAAAAUGGCCACAGAGAUACAGUGAUAUACCUUCUGGGUUGCCAGACGGGAAAAGAUGACCGCAAUUCGAUAGAUCUAGACGGUGACAACAUUGAGCAAAUAGUACCUGGGGCGAGGCACGCCCUAAUAGCGGCAGCACAAAAUGGACAUCUCGACAUCGUUGAAUAUCUACUUGAUACGGCUGAAUUGAUCCCGGACGGAAUUUGUCCCGUAACAGGCGAGACAGCCCUCACGGCCGCCUGCUCGACCGGCAAUGCCUCCAUCGCUGAUGCUCUGCUCAUCCGAGGAGCCACGCCCUACUCCCUCAACGCAAGGCAAAUGUCUCCUCUGGCCCUUGCUGCCAAAAAUGGCAGAACAGCUCUGGUCCUAAGGCUAUUGGACUCGGGGGCAGAUGUCGCCGGAUCUGGAGGGAAGAUCCCCUUAAUAUUAGCAGCAGCGGAAGGUCACGCUGAUGUGCUGGAGAUGUUGUUGGCUCAUGGAGCGGAUCCCGAGUCAGUGGAUUCAGACGGCGUAUGCGCAUUGGGAUGGGCUGCGCUGCGCUCGCGCAUGUCUUCAGUCACCGCCUUACUCGAUAAAGGAGCUCAUAUUGAUCAAACAGACGGAAAUGGGAGGACGCCUUUAGGCCUGGCCUGUGGAGGUCCAUCGGAUUUGGUGGAACUCUUACUCGAGAGAGGAGCAUCUUUGGAAAAGGUGGAUCACAGCGGCUUAAGGCCAUUAGACAGGGCCAUUGGACAGAGAAACGUUCCCGUGGUUAAUUGCUUCUUGAGGAAAGGAGCGAAACUUGGACCUACAACGUGGGUGAUGGCGUCAGGCAAACCAGAAUUUAUGCUAAUCCUCCUAAACAAACUCCUGGAAGACGGGAAUCUUCUAUACCGUAAGAAUCGACCUUCGGAGGCGGCUCAUCGCUACCAAUAUGCUCUAAAGAAGAUAAAUCCUUUGAUCAGCGAUGAAGGCCAGACGACGCCGGUUCAGCCAGUUCCGCAUGAACACGUGGCCGCGUUUGUCCAGCUCAAGACUAAUUUGCUACUUAAUUUGUCGAGAUGCAAGAGGAAACUUAAUGAACCAUCAGAAGCGUUAGAUCUCGCGGCGCGCGCGUCCUUACUCCGUCCGAACGCGUUCGAGUGCGCGUACGCAAUGUCACGUGCGAUACUUGCUCUUAAUAAACCCGCGGACGCAUUACCCCACGCCCGUCGUGCCUUAUUACUAGCUCCGCCCACGGAUUUGUCUGCUGCUCGGACCCUCAAAGCCCUCCAACAGGAGAUACUAACCAGAAUGAACACUCCACAUAGCCUGGACACGCGAUCUAUGAGGAAUUAUGACAGCAUUAGUUUGAAUAUGCCUUAAGUGUCUUUUUAUAUUAGAGUGAGGUAUGUAUUUAAAUCUUUGUACAGGGUGGAUAUUUUACUUGGAGUUUUAAAAAUGAAUUUACUUAAAAAUGACAGUUUUUUUCUUAAAUAGCCUUUUUUAAAUAGAUUUUUAUGAAAAAUAUUUUAGUAAAAUUUUAUCUCCAGUAUUAUGUACGUUCUUAGUGGUGUUCAAAAUUCCACCCAAUAAUGUAUUAGUGUAUCAAUUUUAGUUAAAAUUUAAAUCCACGAUCGAUAUUUACGAAACGAAUGUACUUUAAAAUAUAUAAAUUGCGUUAGUUAAGUAUUUUAAUAUUUUAAGUAAAAUAGAUAUUAAUUUAUCCUAUUGAAUAUGAAUUGUAAAGUGACUUAAAAAAGUGCCUUACACUUAACACAAAUAUUUGACAAAUUAAAAGAUAUUAACUUAUAUAUAAAAUUAAACUAUAGGCCAAUUAUGUGUAUCAAAUUGUGUGUGAAAUUUUAUCUCUAAACUUAGAAAAAUUGUAUGGCCAUUUUUGUCAUACGAGAAACAUAUAAUCUAUAUAUUCGCCACAUUGUAUAUAUCGAGUGCCGUUUGAAUUUUAUUGAUUGUUUAGAAUAUAUGUGAUCAAAUAAAUGUAAAUAAGUGUUUUUCCUUUUCGUAUUCCGUGUACAGUUUAGUUAUAAUUUCUCGAAUAUUUUGCUUGCCAUUUGUUAUUCAGUGCUUAUAUGAAAUAGCAGUUUCUAUAUUGUUAUUAUUUAAAUUUAUUUUGAGUUAAACUCACGCGCCCGUUGUCUUGCUUGUAUAUAAGAUAACACCAAACGUGGGGCCGCUUUUUAAAUUGUAAUCUUUUAAUCGCAUAGUUUUUGAUAGACUAAAUUUUUUAAAUCAGCCGUUAAGGCUACGAAGUUUGGUGUUACCUGUACCUUAUUUAUUUUACCUUGUUUUAGGGAAAUAAGGCAUAAUAUCGUAUUUUAUGUAAAGUUUUUAUAAUAUAUACAUCUUUUAGCAAAGAAAUUAUACCACAAAUAUAAAAUUUCGAUUAAAACAUUUCUAUGCAUUUACUAAAUUUUAUUCAUAUUGGAUUACAAGACUGAAUUCUUGAUACAAUGCAAAUGUAGAAUAAACAUUAGUACAAUAGUUUCUGUCGACAGAAAUAUACUUAAACUGCUUUUAAA